AUGCCAGCUCUACCAUUUCCUCAAAAGAUAAAGCGAGAAAAACUUGACAAAUGUUUUGGGAGGUUCUUGGAUAUGCUCAAGAAACUUUAUAUGAACAUUCCCUUCACAGAGGCACUCACUCAAAUGCCUACUUAUGCAAAGUUCAUGAAGGAAAUCAUGUCUAGCAAGAGAAAAUUGGAAGAGACAACAAUGGUCAAGCUGAAUGCCCACUGCAGUGCCAUAUUGCAAAAUAAAAUUCCCCAAAAGUGUGGGGACCCAAGAAGCUUCACCAUACCAUGCUCGUUGGGGAGUGAGAAAUUCGACAAGGCCCUCUGUGAUUCAGGUGCGUCUAUUAAUCUAAUGCCUCUAUCUGUAUUUAGGAAACUAGAAGGUGAGCUUGGAGUGAUAAAAUUGAUACUAGUUUCCCUACAACUGGCUGACCAGACCACCAUUUUGCCUGAGGGAAUCAUUGAGGAUAUUCUAGUACGGGUGGACAAGUUGGUGUUCCCCGUAGACUUUAUUGUGGUGGAUAUGGAGGUGAACAAAGAGGUGCCUCUAAUUCUAAGGAGGCUAUUUUUAAGUACAGGUAGAGCUAUCCUUGAUAUCUACGAGGGGCAACUUAUGCUCAGAGUGGGCAAUGAAAAAGUG